UUUCCUGGUUGUUUAGAGCGUAUCUCCACCACGGCUGGUGUCGGAGAGAGAGGCGGUUGAUGAUAAUGAAAUAUUAGGGUUCAGCGCAGUGGGUCACGUGACAGGGGGCCCUGGACGUCGGUCUGUGCGUGGGGGUUCCAGGGAAAUUUGGAAUUGUCCUUUGCCAGUGUCUGUCGGGUGGUGGUGGUUUGUAGUGCAGAGACGGCCAGGCAGGGGCGACCAUGGUGAAGACGGCGACCAACAGGAUCCACAUCAAGGGUGGACGGGUGGUCAACGAUGACCAGUCGGUGGAGGCAGACGUCUACAUCGAGGAGGGCGUGGUGAAGGGAGUGGGGAAGGACAUCCUAGUGCCCGGCGGCGCCAGAAUCAUCGACGCCCGAGGAAAGCUGGUCAUCCCGGGCGGCAUCGACCCCAACACGCACUUCGAGAUAGAGAGCAAUGGCGUCACCUCCGUGGACGACUUCUACAAAGGCACUAAAGCAGCGCUGGUCGGCGGUACCACCCUCACAAUCGACUGCGUCCUGCCCGAAAAGGACGAAAGUCUCGCGGAAGCUUACGAGAAGUGGAGACAGAAGGCUGAUGGGAAGGUGGUGUCGGAUUACAGCCUGCACGUGGCCGUCACGUGGUGGGGUGAGAAGGUCAAGGAUGACAUGGCCCUGCUGGCCAAAGAGAAAGGGGUGAACUCUUUUCUAGUCUUCCUGGCUUACAAAGACAAGUAUCAGCUGUCUGAUAGUGAGCUGUAUGAGUUCUUCACACACUGCCGAGAGUUGGGUGUUCUGGCCAUGGUGCACGCAGAGAAUGGAGACCUGGUAGCUGAGAUGACGAAGAAGAUGCUCGGGAUGGGGAUCAGAGGACCGGAAGGACAUGUGCUCAGCAGACCUGAGGAGCUUGAAUCGGAGGCUGCACAACGUGCCAUCGCAAUCGCCAACCGGGUUAAUUGCCCAAUCUACAUCACCCGAGUCAUGAGCACGAGUGCAGGUGACGUCAUCGCGGCUGCCAGAAAACGCGGGAACGUGGUGUACGGGGAGCCGACGGCGGCCGGGCUGGGGACGGACGGGUCGCACUGCUGGGACAAGAACUGGAAGGUCGCGGCAGCUCACGUCACCGACCCGCCUCUCCGACCCGACCCCUCCACACCCGACCACCUCAUGGACCUGCUCGCAAACGGUGACCUCCAGAUAGUUGGGUCAGACAACCGCACCUUCAGCACCAACCAGAAGGCUGUUGGGAAGGACGACUUCAGUAAGAUCCCCUGCGGCGUGAACGGGGUGGAGGACAGAAUGUCGGUCAUCUGGGAACGGGGUGUGGUUUCUGGAAAGAUGGAUGAGAACCGGUUUGUGGCAGUUACCAGCACCAAUGCUGCCAAGAUAUUCAACAUGUACCCAAAGAAGGGCAGAAUUGCAGAGGGCUCUGAUGCCGACGUCAUCAUUUGGGACCCAGAAGCGGCCAGAACCAUCUCAGCUAGAACACACCAUCAGGCGGUUGAUUUCAACGUGUUCGAGGGUCUGACGUGCCGUGGCGUACCACUCUAUACUAUCUGUCAGGGGAAAGUCGUCUGUGAAGACAGUGGUAGUGUGGUACACGUGACACAGGGAGCAGGCAGCUGGGUGCCGCGAGAUCGGCGCUGUGAUCAUGUCUUCAAGCGCAUCCACGCUCGUGAGAAGCUCCGUGUUCCAAAGCCCGUUGAGCGGGAGCCGUACGACGGGACGGUGGCAGAUGCCGAGCCCGAGGAGCCCCUGAAGGUGGCCCAGCCCAGCAAGCUGACUAUGGAGGAGGUGACCACCAGUACCGGGGCACGCGACCUGCACAAGUCUGGCUUCACACUCGCAGAACGCGGGAUCAGAGAUCUCCGCAAGUCUGGAUUCAGCCUGUCAGGUGAACAGGUUGACGACAAUGUUCCCCGUCGAACCGGGCAGCGCAUCACCAAACCACCAGGGGGCAGCUCCAGCAUCAUCUUCUAAACUGUCCAGCAACUCAGCAAUGGAGUUUUAAAGCACUUCUCCAACCCCCCUAUCUUUAUGAAAAUGGUAUAGUCGGAACUCCAUGAAAUAUGCCACUUUGUUGCAGUUAUGGAAAAUUCUCACAAGAUUCAAGAAAAGGAAUGAUAAGCACAUCACUUACUGUACUUCAGCACAUACUACCUUCUUGACAUAAAGAAUAAGAAUAGAUAGGAAGAUGGUUUCAGAACAUUUUGCAAACAAGAGCAGCAUUCUUAAUCAAAUUUGAUGACAAUUUCCCACCUUGAACAUUUUUCAUGUAACGUUAUAUCCUAAUAUUACACUACUUAUAAACGUAAUUCUGAAAGAGCUCUAAUGCUAGCAUCUGUCUGCAUUUGUGCAGUGCCUGACGUUACAAGUCGUGCUGUGCCACUAACAGAGUGGACUAUAGGGCAGUGUAACCAACAAUGUAAUGUUAGUGAUUAUCGUUAGCCAAUAGGAUGUCUUAUUGACAAUGUAUACAACAUGCAUAGCAAAGAAACAGGCAUGUGUCGGCAGCUUGAUAAACUGGAGGACUUUGCAUUAAUACACAUGGAGAGGGGCCAUUGAAAAAAUACUUCUUAUAGCCAAAACAUUCACAAGUUGACUUCCUUCGAAAUAACAAACAUAACUUUAAGGUAGAAUCUAAUUCUUACAAACAUUUUUUGUCAUAUUGAAAGCCUAGUUUAUAACUACUUUUUCCUCAAAUAUUUCAGCCAAGGAAGCCUGAACUGCUCUUUUUACAAUAAAUGAUAAAUCCCUGUGUAUUUGACUCGAAUGUCCCACAUACCCCUUUCAUGCGUAUAAUGACAAGUCCCUGAAAACAAGCCUCAAUACUUGGUAAGAUGGUGCCAUUAUUUUCUUUACCGAACAAUGUACCUGGCGUACACUGCCAUAAUUCUGUUCAACCAAAGUUUUUUUUUAUAAUUUGUGUCCAUUCAUAAUGAUUGAAUGAAGAUGUUGACUGUCUUCCUCUCAACCAAUCAGACUACAAUGUCAGAUGUGUAACACAUUUUGAUUGGUUGGUCGUUGACUUGUGAUGCCAAAUACGUCUGCUUAUUGGUCAAAGUGCUGAAGUAGGACCCUGUUGUCUUGUUGCAAAGUGAGCUUUUACAGAUGUCCAAGUUUUGGAAAAGAAGGCUGACUAAAGUACAGUUAAAUGCAUGUUACUGUUGAUUUGUAACAGGUAUAAGGAGUAAUGUUAGAGACAAUUUAACGUGAAGAUAGAGCUACUGUGAUGCGCUUGGUCAACGUAUUAAAGCCAGCUAAUCAUAAGCU